CAUUCCCUUCCAACAGCAGCACAUGGGAAACAAGACCAAAAAAAUCAAGACAAGCGGCCAGUAGCAGAGCAGAGGCGGAGACCGGGAGGCAGCCCCACACGGCCCAGCUCAACAGGUGAUAAGUUAGAAGAGUUUCUUCGGUCACUGAAUAGCAGCAAGCCUCUCUACCUGGGCCAGACUGGCCUGGGGAACAUUGAAGAACUUGGAAAAUUGGGGCUGGAGCCUGGAGAGAACUUCUGUAUGGGAGGACCUGGCAUGAUCUUCAGCCGAGAGGUUCUCAGGAGGAUGGUGCCGCAUAUCGGAGAGUGCCUCCGAGAAAUGUACACGACUCAUGAGGACGUGGAAGUAGGACGCUGUGUUCGACGCUUCGGUGGGACUCAGUGCGUGUGGUCUUAUGAGAUGCAACAAUUGUUCCAUGAAAAUUACGAACAUAAUCGGAAGGGUUACAUCCAAGACCUUCACAACAGCAAAAUCCACGCCGCCAUAACGCUUCACCCCAACAAAAGGCCCGCCUACCAAUACAGGCUUCACAAUUACAUGCUCAGCCGCAAAAUUUCGGAACUUCGCUACCGCACCAUCCAGCUCCACCGGGAGAGUGCUCUGAUGGGCAAGCUCAGUAACAGUGAAGUGAGCAAGGAGGACCAGCAGCUGGGAGUGAUGCCUUCCUUCAACCACUUCCAGCCUAGGGAGAGAGAUGAAGUGAUAGAAUGGGAAUUCCUGACAGGGAAACUCCUUUACUCAGCAUCUGAGAACCAGCCCCCUCGACAGAGCAUCAACAGCAUCCUGAGAACAGCGCUGGAUGACACGGUUCUACAGGUGAUGGAGAUGAUCAAUGAAAAUGCCAAGAGUAGGGGACGGCUCAUUGACUUCAAGGAAAUUCAGUAUGGCUACCGCAGGGUUGAUCCCAUGCACGGGGUGGAGUACAUUUUGGAUUUGCUCCUCUUAUAUAAAAGACAUAAGGGGAGGAAACUGACUGUGCCAGUGAGACGUCAUGCCUAUCUUCAGCAGUUGUUCAGCAAGCCUUUCUUUAGAGAAACUGAAGAGCUAGACGUCAGCAGGCUCGUGGAGAGCAUUAACAGUGACACUCAGUCAUUCUCCUUUAUAUCUAAUUCUUUAAAGAUAUUGUCUUCUUUUCAAGGUGCCAAAGACGUGGGAGGGCACAAUGAAAAGAAAAUACACAUUCUUGUUCCUCUCAUUGGAAGGUAUGACAUUUUCUUGAGAUUCAUGGACAACUUUGAAAAAACUUGUCUCAUUCCAAAGCAGAAUGUAAAGCUGGUCAUCACCCUUUUCAGUAGGGAUUCUGGCCAAGACUCCAACAUGCAUAUGGAGCUGAUCAAGGACUAUCAGAACAAGUACCCUCAAGCAGAAAUGAUCCUGAUCCCGAUGAAGGGAGAAUUUUCCAGAGGUCUUGGUCUUGAAAUGGCUUCUUCCCAAUUUGACAAUGAUACUUUGCUGCUAUUUUGUGAUGUUGACUUGAUCUUCAGAGGAGACUUUCUCCAACGAUGCAGAGACAAUACAAUUCAGGGACAACAGGUGUACUACCCUAUCAUCUUUAGCCAAUAUGACCCAAAGGUAACCAAUGGGGGAAAUCCUCCCGCUGAUGAUGACUUUGUCUUCUCAAAGAAGACUGGAUUUUGGCGAGACUAUGGCUAUGGAAUUACCUGUAUUUAUAAAAGCGAUCUUCUGGGUGCAGGUGGAUUUGAUACCUCAAUACAAGGCUGGGGACUGGAAGAUGUCGAUCUCUACAAUAAAGUCAUUCUAUCUGGCUUAAGGCCCUUCAGAAGCCAAGAAGUAGGAGUGGUGCAUAUUUUCCAUCCAGUUCAUUGUGACCCUAACUUGGACCCUAAGCAGUAUAAGAUGUGUUUAGGAUCCAAGGCAAGUACUUUUGCCUCAACCAUGCAACUGGCUGAACUGUGGUUGGAAAAACAUUUGGGUGUCAGGUAUAAUCGAACUCUCUCCUGACAGUCCAGGCAACACGUAUUGCCUUUUUAAAGGGGAGUUUACCUCAUUGUUCGUUGUUGUUAUUUUUAUUUUAUUAUUGUUAUUUUUAUUAUUAUAAUUAUUAUUGUUAUAAUUUUAUUUUGUUAUCCGGGUCUUAAACUACUCUUGGUUGUCUUCCAAAGGGUGUUUUUUGACCUCAAACAAGAAGAGUCUACAGUUCACUGAUAUUUCAGAUUUCUACUGAAGUCAAUUCUAUAUUACUUUUAUAUAUCUUUAUCCAAGAUUGAGUUAAAUCGUAGCAAUCAAAUGACUUUUGAAGCUCAUUCAUCGUGAGAGACAGCUUAAAAGAAUGUUCUCUUGGGGCUUAAAGAUGCAAUAUCGACUUUUAUUUCGUUUGUUAAAUUCAAUGUGAUACACAUAUUUACUGGUGAAAGGUACCACAAAAGUGCUUUAUGCUUCCUUUGGGGAAGGGACUCUGUAACAUAAACUUGAGUUUUGUAAUUUAUACAAGGACUUAAAUAUAUAGACAAUAAUUUUCUUCAUCUUUAGAAUUUUUAAAGUAAAUGAACACUUAUGAUUGUAUGUUUAUUUUUUAAAAAAGUUUUAAAAAUUGAGGAGUUUUGUUCCACAAGCAACCGGUACGGGCUACCCUGGUCUUCAACAAUUAUGUACUCCUCACAACUGUCUGCUAUAAAUGCGAAUGAACUUUAUUUUCUCAAGGAAAUAUGAUUUAAUUAAAUAUUCAUGUACAUUUUAGAAGCUUUAUGAAACGAUGUCCUUCAUUUGCUGGCAAGAAGAUAAAAUAUGACAGAACCUGGUUAUUUAUAAUAAAACACAGGUAUAACAGUAAUCUUUUUCAAAAACACUGA